CCCGGCGCGCGGCGGCACUGGGCUUGCGCGCGCCGGAGUCAGGGGUCACGGCGGCGUAGCGUGUGGCGGGAAACGCUGUUUUGAAGCGGGAUGGAUGGCAAGCGGCGGCCAGGCCCAGGGCCUGGGGUGCCCCCAAAGCGGGCCCGCGGGGGCCUCUGGGACGAGGACGAGCCAAGCCAGCCGUCUUCGUUUGAGGAGGAGCUGGCGCUGAUGGAGGAGAUGGAGGCGGAGCACAGGCUGCAGGAACAGGAAGAGGAGGAGCUGCAGUCGGCCCUGGAAGGGGCCGCAGAUGGGCAGUUCUCCCCGUCAGCCGUAGAUCCCCGCUGGCUUCGGCCCACCCCACCGCCCCUGGACCCCCAGGAAGAGCCCCUCAUCUUCCAACAGUUGGAGAUCGACCAUUACGUGGGCCCAGCACGGCCCCUGCCUGGAGGGCCCCCACCGUCCCCCGGCUCCGUGCCUGUGCUUCGUGCCUUUGGGGUCACCGAUGAGGGCGUCUCCGUCUGCUGCCACAUCCACGGCUUUGCCCCCUACUUCUACACCCCGGCGCCCCCUGGUUUUGGACCCGAGCACCUGAGCGACCUGCAGCGAGAGCUGAACGCGGCCAUCGGCAGGGACCAGCGAGGGGGCAAGGAGCUCACAGGGCCGGCAGUGCUGGCAGUGGCGCUAUGCUCUCGGGAAAGCAUGUUCGGGUACCACGGGCACGGCCCCUCGCCCUUUCUGCGAGUCACCCUGGCACUGCCCCGCCUCGUGGCCCCCGCCCGCCGCCUGCUGGAGCAGGGCCUGCGCGUGCCGGGCCUGGGCACCCCCAGCUUCGCACCCUAUGAGACCAACGUCGACUUUGAGAUCCGGUUCAUGGUGGACACGGACAUCGUGGGCUGCAACUGGCUGGAACUGCCGGCGGGGAAAUACGUCCUGAGGGCCAAGGAGAAGGCUACGCUGUGUCAGCUGGAGGCAGACGUGCUGUGGUCAGACGUGGUCAGCCACCCCCCAGAAGGGCCGUGGCAGCGCAUCGCGCCCCUGCGCAUACUCAGCUUCGACAUCGAGUGUGCUGGCCGCAAAGGCAUCUUUCCGGAGCCCGAGCGCGACCCCGUGAUCCAGAUCUGCUCUCUGGGCCUGCGCUGGGGCGAGCCGGAGCCCUUCCUGCGCCUGGCGCUCACCCUGCGGCCCUGCGCCCCCAUCCUGGGCGCCAAGGUGCAGAGCUACGAGAAGGAAGAGGACCUGCUCCAGGCCUGGUCCAGCUUCAUACGCAUCAUGGACCCCGACGUGAUCACUGGCUACAACAUCCAGAACUUCGACCUUCCAUACCUCAUCUCUCGGGCCGAGACCCUCAAGGUACAGACAUUCCCUUUCCUGGGCCGCGUGGCUGGCCUCCGCUCCAACAUCCGGGACUCAUCGUUCCAGUCCAAGCAGAUGGGCCGGCGGGAGAGCAAGGUGGUCAGCAUGGUGGGCCGCGUGCAGAUGGACAUGCUGCAGGUGCUGCUGCGGGAGUACAAGCUCCGCUCCUACACGCUCAACGCCGUGAGCUUCCACUUCCUGGGCGAGCAGAAGGAGGACGUGCAGCACAGCAUCAUCACCGACCUGCAGAAUGGGAACGACCAGACCCGCCGCCGCCUGGCCGUGUACUGCCUCAAGGACGCCUACCUGCCGCUGCGGCUGCUCGAGCGGCUCAUGGUGCUGGUGAACGCCGUGGAGAUGGCGCGGGUCACCGGCGUGCCCCUCAGCUACCUGCUCAGCCGCGGCCAGCAGGUCAAGGUCGUGUCCCAGCUGCUGCGGCAGGCCAUGCGCGAGGGGCUGGUGAUGCCCGUGGUGAAGUCAGAGGGCGGCGAGGACUACACGGGAGCCACUGUCAUUGAGCCCCUCAAAGUGAGGCCCCGAGGCAGGGCAGGGGCAGGGCGGGGGGUGGGGUGGUGUUUGGGGGCCCCGGCCCUGAUUCCUCGAGGCUCCUCCCCUCCCAGGUACUAUGACGUCCCCAUCGCCACCCUGGACUUCUCCUCACUGUACCCGUCCAUCAUGAUGGCCCACAACCUGUGCUACACCACGCUCCUGCGGCCCGGGGCCGCCCAGAAACUGGGCCUGACCGAGGACCAGUUCAUCAAGACGCCCACUGGGGACGAGUUUGUGAAGACGUCGGUGCGGAAGGGGCUGCUGCCCCAGAUCCUAGAGAACCUGCUCAGCGCCCGGAAGAGGGCCAAGGCCGAGCUGGCCAAGGAGACAGACCCUCUGCGGCGGCAGGUCCUGGACGGGCGGCAGCUGGCGCUGAAGGUGAGCGCCAACUCCGUCUAUGGCUUCACCGGCGCCCAGGUGGGCAAGUUGCCAUGCCUGGAGAUCUCACAGAGCGUCACCGGGUUCGGGCGUCAGAUGAUCGAGAAAACCAAGCAACUGGUCGAGACCAAGUACACGGUGGAGAAUGGCUACCGCACCAAUGCCAAGGUGGUCUAUGGUGACACCGACUCCGUCAUGUGCCGAUUUGGUGUGUCCUCCGUGGCGGAGGCGAUGGCCCUGGGGCGAGAGGCCGCAGACUGGGUGUCAGGUCACUUCCCAUCGCCCAUCCGGCUGGAGUUUGAAAAGGUCUACUUCCCCUACCUGCUCAUCAGCAAGAAGCGCUACGCGGGUCUCCUCUUCUCCUCCCGGCCGGACGCCCACGACCGCAUGGACUGCAAGGGUCUGGAGGCCGUGCGCAGGGACAACUGCCCCCUGGUGGCCAACCUCGUCACUGCCUCGCUGCGCCGCCUGCUCAUCGACCGAGACCCGGAGGGCGCUGUGGCCCACGCGCAGGAAGUCAUCUCGGACCUGCUGUGCAACCGCAUCGACAUCUCGCAGCUGGUCAUCACCAAGGAGCUGACCCGCGCGGCCGCCGACUACGCGGGCAAGCAGGCCCACGUGGAGCUGGCCGAGAGGAUGAGGAAGCGGGACCCCGGGAGCGCGCCCAACCUGGGCGACCGCGUCCCCUACGUGAUCAUUGGUGCUGCGAAGGGCGUGGCCGCCUACAUGAAGUCUGAGGACCCGCUGUUCGUGCUGGAGCACAGCCUGCCCAUCGACACGCAGUACUACCUGGAGCAGCAGCUCGCCAAGCCGCUGCUGCGCAUCUUCGAGCCCAUCCUGGGCGAGGGCCGCGCCGAGGCCGUGCUGCUGCGGGGUGACCACACGCGCUGCAAGACGGUGCUCACGGGCAAGGUGGGCGGCCUCCUGGCCUUCGCCAAACGCCGCGACUGCUGCAUCGGCUGCCGCACGGUGCUCAGCCACCAGGGAGCCGUGUGCAAGUUCUGCCAGCCGCGGGAGUCCGAGCUGUAUCAGAAGGAGGUGUCCCACCUGAAUGCCCUGGAGGAGCGCUUCUCUCGCCUCUGGACGCAGUGCCAGCGCUGUCAGGGCAGCCUGCACGAGGAUGUCAUCUGCACCAGCCGGGACUGUCCCAUCUUCUACAUGCGCAAGAAGGUGCGGAAGGACUUGGAGGACCAGGAGCAGCUUCUGCGACGCUUCGGGCCCCCUGGCCCUGAGACCUGGUGACCCUGGAAGCGUCUUUGAGGGCUGGGGCGGGGUGAGAAUUAAUAAAGCUCAGGCCUUUUGCUAC